AUGCCCGUCCAGCUUCUGCCGGCUUCGGCCGCCGCCUUUGCCCCGAGGGCAUCUUCCGUCAACGUCGUCUUGGGGUCCAAGGUCGAGCCUUGGCUCACGCUGACCUUGAAGCGCGUCAACAGAGUCAAGCGCCCGCUCAACAGCGUUCCCCAACACCAGAGGUGUCUGACCGAGACAUUAUCUUCACCCAACGCAAUCUGGACUCUGGCCUCGGUCAUGCUGUCUAAACUUCCCGAAGCCGAAAUGCCCAAGGAGCCUCUGGAGGCGCUCUUCAGUCACCAACUGCUUCACAUUGAGGCCUACAUCGUCCACGUCGAUAUGAUUCUGCGCAACGAAGUCGCCUUCAAGCUCACAAGCGCCACCAUCGACGCCCUGGUCGAGUACCACGACAAGAUUCACUGCGUUGAUGCCAAGGCCAACACCUACGACUGGUCAGAAAAGGAGCAACAGGGCAAAAAGCUCCACCAAGACUUUGUCCAGGCCGUCAACAAGUUUGUCUACCGCACUCACGUCAGCGCUUUGGAAGGGCUAGAAGAGGACGGCGCGGGGGAGCUGCUGUGCGGCAAGAGUGAGGAAGUGAGAAACAGCCUCGUCGCACUGAUGAAGCCUUUGCUACCUCCACCCCCUCGCGUCGUCGACAUCGUGCGCCAACCGCCGCUCCUCCCGAGCUCCCCCGUCAACAACAUGUGGUCGUCGCAGCAGACAAUACCCAGCCCUCUGUCUGCCGUCGAAUCCUGGCGAGUCCUGCCGCCCAGUCCAGGCGUGCCAUCGACAUCAGCUGAGCCCAACAACGCCCCCAGGUGGGCCUCUAUGGCUAUGAGCGAAUUCCAGAUGCCCUCACCCACUCCGGCUUUUACUCAACCCCACGUCGCAGCUGCUCUUUACUUGACCUCACCACCCAUUGCCGCCCCCAUGCCCGCAGCUCUGCCUCUGCCCAGCAUGCUUGCUUCGUCGCAAUGCGGCGUCAGUGUUGGCAUGGGUGGCUUCGGUUGGGAUCGGUACCACGAGUAUGCGACGAUAAUGUGA